AUGGUGCCUAAGGUGUUUGUUUGUUACGCGACGCGAAAGGGUACUCCAUCUUUAGGUAAACGUCACAACAAGUCCCACACUUUGUGUAACAGAUGCGGUAAGCGUUCCUUCCACAUUCAAAAGAAGACCUGUGCUUCUUGUGGAUACCCAGCUGCCAAGAUGAGAUCGUACAACUGGGGCCAAAAGGCUAAGAGAAGAAGAACUACUGGUUCUGGACGUAUGGCUUACUUGAAGCACGUUUCCAGAAGAUUCAAGAACGGAUUCCAAUCCGGUGUUGCCAAGCCUCAGACCGAGUAA